AUGCAUGAUAAAUGGAAGCAGACUUAUUCUAAAUUAUCAACUUCUCCAGAUGAAACAAUUAAUCAAAGCAGUCAAAGCAACUAUCAAUUAAUUAACUUAAAAAAUGAAGAAUGUUUGAAAUACAAGGCUGAUACUGGAUUUUAUAAUUACAAUUUUGUACGGCAAUUUGCUGACUUUACGGAUUUCAUAAAAUACGUGGAAACAAAGAUUAACAUCUCAAGUUAUGAUAAUAUGACUUUACCCAAAGAAAUUGAUCAUGAUGAUGCAACAAUGGAUACACAAGAUGAUUCGACACCUAUCAAUCGCAAGCGAAAAAAUACUGAUAAUGUGACUUUACCUGAAAAAAUUCGUUUUUUACAAACAUUUUAUUUCAUUAUCCGUAACUCAAAUAGUCAUGCUUUAUUUGUAAAUCCAUACCAAUUUUGUAGUGUGGGAGUGAAAAGAAAUGGUAAUGGAAAUCAUAUAUAA